AGCUCCAAAGCGCGCUGCGGUAUGCCAAGAAAUUCAGCAAGUAUUUGGAGCUCCUUGAGAUCAAGUUAUCAAAUCCUUCCAAUCCUGCCCUUACACAAAAAUUUCAAGUGACGCGAAGUCUUUUGGCACACCUGGGUGAGUGCAACAGUCGUCCAGUAUCCCCGAGCAUCAAGUAUCUGCAAUUAGACCACUUCACCUGGAAAAAUAAGGUCAGGGCUCAGUUUAUCCACUUAGGAACCUUUCUAAAAACGAGCAAACGGCUUGAUUGUCUAAAAGGAGCAAGAGUAACCUUGGAAGAAGGCUGUCAGCUUCUGAGUUCUCUGAGUUGCUUGACAAAUAACAGCUUUAUAUCUAAAACUAACGUUGAGGAUUUCUUCAGUCUCCGGCUUCCUGUCUACAGCAGCGCCUCGUUCCAAGGCUCCACAGCCUUGUCAUCCUGCCUUUCAGCU